AAAUAUCACUCCAACCCGGCAAAACCGAGCUCCUCUGAACCGGCAAGUUCUAGGCGAAAAGGAAAAAGAUAGAAGACGAACUCGAAACCCUAGUUCUUGCUGAGCGUAACGUAGUAUCAGUGGAAGUGGAAGUGGAAGUGGAAGAACAAUGUCGUCGACUCUACUGGAGGUGACUCGUGCAUCGCACGAGGAAGUUGAGCGGUUGGAGCGCCUUAUUGUGAAGGAUCUCCAGACUGAGCCGGCUACUAACAAGGACCGGCUCCACCAGAGCCACCGCGUUCGUAACAUGAUCGAGCAAAUCAUUGACACCACACACAAACUGGUAGAUAUAUAUGAAGACAAAGACGGAGCGAGGAAGGAUGAAAUUGCAGCUCUGGGAGGCCAGACAGCAACUGGAACAAAUGUGUUUAGUGCAUUUUAUGACAGAUUGAAAGAGAUUCGUGAGUACCAUAGAAGGCAUCCUGCUGCGCGUGCUAUUAUUGAUACUGGUGAUGAAUAUGAGCAGCUCCUCAAAGAAGAACCACAAAUUGAGUUUAGUGGCGAGGAAGGUUCUGGGCGAUACCUAGACUUACAUGAAUUGUUUAACGAGUAUAUCAACUCCAAAUUUGGUGAGCCAAUUGAAUACACAGCUUAUCUAAAUGUAUUUUCCGAACCACAGAAGAUUCCUUGUAAAGCAAAGACGACUAGGCAGUACCUAGAAUAUUUACAGAAACUAUUGGAGUAUCUGGUCUAUUUUUUUGAGCGGACGGAGCCCUUGCAGGAUCUUGAUAGGAUAUUUUCAAAGGUAACAAGUGAAUUCGAAGAGGAGUGGACUUUGGGCAAGGUAGAAGGAUGGGAAAAUAGUGGUCAGGAAAAUGGAAGUGCUCCAGAGAAUCAUACUGUGAUUGAUCUUGAUUAUUAUAGUACAGCUGAGGAGCUGAUGGUAGUGGGACCAGAGAAGUUAAAGGAGGCAUUGGGAGCACUGGGACUGAAGACAGGAGGUACUAUUCAGCAACGUGCUGAGAGACUUUUCCUUACGAAGAAUAUCUCGCUAGAAAAACUAGACAGAAAGCAUUUUGCAAAAGGCUCGCGGAAACCAGAACAAAACGGUGUUGUUGCAACUCCUCAAGUGGGUGAUGUAAAAGAGAUUGCUCUUCUGGAAGCCAAGAUAAGAAGGCUAUGUGAUCUGUUGGAUGAGACAAUUGUGCGGACAAGAGAAAAUGUUGAGAAAAAGCAGGCUUUGACAUAUGAAGAAAUGGAGGCAGAACGUGAAGAGGACGAUGUUCAGGCUGAGUCUGAGAGUGAUGAUGAAGACCAACAAAUUUAUAAUCCACUGAAAUUGCCAAUGGGCUGGGAUGGGAAACCUAUUCCGUACUGGUUGUAUAAACUUCACGGUCUUGGUCAGGAGUUCAAGUGUGAGAUAUGUGGGAACCAUAGUUACUGGGGCCGUAGGGCUUAUGAGCGGCAUUUCAAGGAAUGGAGACAUCAACAUGGGAUGCGUUGUCUCAGUAUCCCAAAUACUAAGAACUUCAAUGAGAUCACAUCAAUCGAAGAAGCCAAGCUACUUUGGGAAAGAAUCCAAGAAAGACAAGGGGUGAAUAAGUGGCGCCCUGAUCUUGAAGAAGAAUAUGAAGAUCAAGAGGGUAACAUCUACAACAAAAAGACAUAUACUGAUCUUCAACGCCAGGGAUUGAUAUAGAUGGAGUUCAUCAUUCCAUUUGGUGGUAUGUUGCUUUAUUGGUUCUACUUGAUCUGGGUGGAAAUGUUCUUCUCCU